AUGGACGACGUUGAUUCAGUAUUGGUAGAUAAUGUCAAAUCGUUUGCCUCCGGUGGAUUUGGUGGUAUUUGUGCUGUCUUGACUGGACACCCCUUUGACUUGGUCAAGGUUAGAUUACAAACUGGGUUGUACAAUUCAUCUGUACAGUGUGUCAAGGAGACAAUUGCCAAAGAUGGGUUGAGAGGUCUUUAUCGUGGUGUGUUGCCACCAUUGUUGGGGGUUACACCUAUGUUUGCAGUGUCAUUCUGGGGUUACGAUGUUGGUAAGAAAUUGGUUGGUUCCUUCACUGGUAAAGCAAUUGAGCAAUUUACAAUUGGCGAUAUCUCAACUGCCGGUUUCAUCAGUGCUAUUCCAACUACUCUAGUUGCUGCUCCUUUUGAAAGAGUCAAGGUUAUGAUGCAAAUUCAAGAAGGUGCAAAAUCUAAAGGCAUGGGUGGUGUUGUAGUCGAAAUGUACAAGACAGGUGGUAUUAGAUCGAUCUUUAAGGGUUCGGCAGCUACAUUGGCAAGAGACGGUCCAGGUUCUGCAUUAUAUUUCGCUACUUACGAAUAUUUGAAGAAGGAAUUGUCAACUCCUGGAAAGGAUUUGUCCAUUUUUGCUAUUAUGACUGCAGGUGGUUUCGCAGGUGUUGCCAUGUGGUUGGGUGUUUUCCCUAUUGAUACCAUCAAGUCCACGCAACAAUCGUCGAAUGUACCUGUUUCAAUUGCCCAAACUACGAGAAACAUUUACGCAAAGGGUGGUAUCAAAGCUUUCUUCCCCGGUGUUGGUCCUGCCUUGGCUAGAUCAUUCCCUGCCAACGCUGCCACCUUCUUGGGUGUUGAACUUGCCAAGAACGCCUUGGACAAGAUUGUAUAG